GACAACACAGACUGUGGAGUUGAUUAACACCAUUGUCCUUAGACAGCAAGUUCCCUGUCAGAGCAGACCUUAGUGACUGAAGAUGAACGGCACGGAGGGCAACAAUUUCUACAUCCCCAUGUCCAACCGGACUGGGCUUGUCAGGAGUCCUUUUGAGUACACACAGUAUUACUUGGCAGACCCAUGGCAAUUCAAAUUGCUUGCCGUCUACAUGUUUUUCUUGAUCUGUUUUGGCUUUCCUAUCAACGGUCUGACACUGCUGGUUACGGCUCAGCACAAGAAGCUCCGGCAACCUCUCAACUUCAUCCUGGUCAACUUGGCUGUGGCUGGAAUGAUCAUGGUCUGCUUUGGGUUCACCAUCACCAUCACAUCUGCUCUAAAUGGCUACUUUAUCGCUGGGGCACUUGGCUGUGCCAUUGAGGGAUUCAUGGCUACCCUUGGAGGUGAAGUUGCCCUGUGGUCAUUGGUAGUCCUGGCCAUUGAGAGAUACAUUGUGGUCUGCAAACCUAUGGGGAGCUUCAAGUUUGGAACCACCCAUGCAGCAGCAGGAGUUGGGUUCACCUGGAUCAUGGCAAUGGCCUGUGCUGCUCCCCCACUUGUUGGCUGGUCAAGGUACAUUCCUGAGGGCAUGCAGUGUUCCUGUGGCCCUGAUUAUUACACUCUAGCCCCAGGUUACAACAAUGAGUCCUACGUCCUGUACAUGUUCAUCUGCCACUUCAUUAUUCCUGUUGUGGUCAUUUUCUUCACUUAUGGAAACCUUGUGUGCACAGUCAAGGCGGCUGCAGCUUCACAGCAGGACUCAGCCUCCACCCAGAAAGCUGAGAAGGAAGUGACACGUAUGUGCAUCUUGAUGGUGGUGGGCUUCCUUGUGGCUUGGACCCCCUAUGCCAGUGUUGCUGCUUAUAUCUUCUUCAACAAGGGAGUUGCCUUCACUGCCCAGUCCAUGGCAAUCCCUGCCUUCUUCUCCAAAAGCUCAGCCUUGUUCAAUCCUAUUAUCUAUGUGUUGCUGAACAAACAGUUCCGUAACUGUAUGCUGACAACUGUAGGCAUGGGCGGUAUGACUGAUGAUGAAACAUCAGUGUCACAGAGCAAAACAGAAGUGUCUUCUGUGGCACCGGCCUAAAGAUGUCCCACCUCAACAAGCAAGACAACAUGCAAUUCAUCACCUUGAUUUCCAGUCUGAUCUGAGUAUGAUCUUCAAAAAAAUACAAAAAAUACAAAUAAAGACAUAGAAAGGCAAGAAAAAGAGAACGAGGGCUGUUUGAGAUGAGACUCAACUCUAUCUGCAAUCUAUAUCUCUGUACCCUCAUCACAGUAAAGGCAAUCUCCAGAGAGGGCUUGGAGGUUUGUAAUUUACCAUGUGGACAGCAACUACUGGAUAAACAACGAGGCAAUAUCUAGUUACACCCAUUUAAAAGGCAUUUGAAGAGUCAGAAAAUUUGCUAUUAAAACAAAGAGCAAACUUUCCGCUGCUUGGUGGUAACAAAUGUUUGAAUGGCUGAGCAUCAGACCUGCCAAUAAGCUCUGAUGUUUGACUCAAUCACAAGAGAUAUUUUUGUUAUUGUAAGGCAAGAAUUUAUUUUUGGCCUGUGUCAUCAUUUGCUGUAUAUAAUUUAUUUUAUAAAUAUACAAGUUAGAUUAAGUUAAUUAAAUGCAUGCAUGAAAAAAAGUCUCUUGUCUUCAUUAAAACACUAAGAAGUAAUCUCAGUCAACCCAA